CGACAGUGAAAGUGACCUGAGCUCAGGGGAAAUUACGUAAACAGUGCUUGUAUAUAUAUAUAUUUUUUAAGUUAAUUGAAUAACUAAGAACAAUGGAUGUCACAGCAGAGGCCAAGCAGAUUAUGGUCCAGGCGUUGAGUAAAAUAUACAGCUCGCGCACGCAGCGCGGUGGACUCAGUCUCCACCGGAGCCUGCUGUUGACGCUCGUCAUGAAAUCUGCAAGGGACCUCUACCACUCUGCCCGGCUGACAAGCGAGAAAAAGGGGCAAUCUGACACACACGGUGUCACAGAGAGCACAGCACAAGCAGAAGAGCCCAUGGACAUAACGAGCUCCACGACUACAGCCCUGCGCUCGACUGAGACACAGGCUACCGAGGAUGGGCAGAGGUCCGGACUCGAGGGUCAUUCACAAGUACACGACCCCGCGGGACUCGCAGUGGACAAAGAGAACUGCAACCCAGCCGGAAUGGACCGUCACUCUAGAAAGCGGCGGAGCAAAGCAGCCACAGACCCUGACUUCCUACCAUGCAAAAAAGCCAAACUGGAGUUCGCGGAGGUCAGAGGAAUUCUCCAGGAGACCCAGAGUAACUCCGCCAACUGCGGCAGAGCGCUGGACUCACUGUCACUCGUGCCUAUGCCGAGAACUAUUGUCACGUUUUGAAAAGACUAUAACCGCAAUGGCACAACACAAGGACAGUAGAGUGAACACUAUUGAGGGAAGCGUAUUGUGGCGCGUAUCUGCUGCCGAGUUCCUGCUGGAGUAUUCAGGGCACUUGACUGAUGUGGAGAAGUUAGUGGGUGAUUACUCACAGUGGAACAAUGUGACAGCCGAUUACUCAUCGGAGAGCAGGUUGUUUUGGAAAUUUGUGACUAAUGGUGCUUGUUCAACCCGUGUUUCUCUGAUUCAGGACGUGACGCGGUACUAUUACUUCUACGAGAAGUGUGACUGAGAGAACUUCCACGAAUAUUCAUGUUCAUAACUUUAUUUUCUAUUUAUUUAUUGACCAAGAAUGGUUUCUGGUUGUUCUGUGUGUGUGGUUCAGACUGUAUUCGUCUAAGGUGCUGUCAGGAUUGGCCAGUCAUUACACUGACUGGGAUUUUUUGUGGACUUCUUGCUGGAAAAUCCAUAUGUUUGCUGUGUUUUGGAACAUUGUAGCUGGUUUCUUACUGGUCCAAACUAGUAGACCACCUCAGAAAGCAAACUAUUGUAUAACUAAUUGUCAGGGAUUUUCCAGCAGGUCAGCAUGACAUAAGCUACUACAAACAGACAUCAUGAUGUUAUGAUGUACAUCUACCUCACUUUUGUACAAUAAAAGAUUCUAAACCAUCUCA